GUCGCUUUAAGAAAGGAGUAGCUGUAAUCUGAAGCCUGCUGGACGCUGGGUUGGGAGGCAACUAAACAGCUCCACUGCUUGCUGGAGCCCCUCAGAGUACAGGCUGAGAGGGACCCAGGCUGAGAGUGGAGCUGCAGCAAGUCACAGCCCCGGGAUGCAGGUCCUUGUGCUACUCCUCUGGAUGGGAGCCCUGCUUGGGUACGGCAACAGCCAGAAUGUUGCCAACAACCCUGAGGGCUCCCCAGCUGCCCCUGACAGCACAGGGGAACCAGUGGAGGAGGAGGAUCCCUUCUUCAAGGUCCCUGUCAACAAGCUGGCAGCUGCCGUUUCCAACUUUGGCUAUGACCUGUACCGCAUGAGAUCCAGUGCAAGCCCCGCUGCCAAUGUGCUGCUGUCUCCACUCAGUGUGGCCACGGCCCUCUCUGCCCUUUCGCUGGGUGCUGAACAGCGGACAGAAUCCGUCAUUCACCGGGCUCUCUACUAUGACUUGAUCAGUAACCCUGACAUCCACGGCACCUACAAGGAACUCCUUGCCACCGUUACUGCCCCUGAGAAGAACCUCAAGAGUGCUUCCCGAAUUGUGUUUGAGAGGAAGCUGCGGAUAAAAUCCAGCUUUGUUGCACCACUGGAGAAAUCAUAUGGGACCAGACCCAGGAUCCUGACUGGCAACCCUCGCAUGGACCUUCAGGAGAUUAACAACUGGGUACAGGCCCAGAUGAAAGGGAAAAUUGCCAGGUCCACAAGGGAAAUGCCUAGUGAUGUCAGCAUCCUCCUCCUCGGUGUGGCUUACUUCAAGGGGCAGUGGGUAACAAAGUUUGACUCUAGAGAGACAUCCCUCCAGGAUUUCCACUUGGAUGAGGAGAGGACUGCGAAAGUCCCCAUGAUGUCAGACCCCAAAGCCAUUUUACGUUAUGGCCUGGAUUCUGAUCUCAACUGCAAGAUUGCCCAGCUGCUCUUGACCGGAAGUAUGAGUAUCAUCUUCUUCCUGCCCCUGACAGCGACCCAGAACUUGACCAUGAUAGAAGAGAGCCUCACCUCUGAGUUCAUUCAUGACAUAGACCGAGAACUGAAGACUGUUCAAGCUGUCCUGACCAUCCCCAAGCUGAAGCUGAGUUAUGAAGGCCAAGUUACCAAGUCCCUGCAGGAGAUGAAGCUACAAUCAUUGUUUGAGUCACCCGAUUUCAGCAAGAUCACAGGCAAACCCGUGAAGCUCACUGAAGUGGAACAUAGGGCUGGUUUUGAGUGGAAUGAGGAGGGGGCAGGAAACAGCCCCAACCCAAGCCUCCAGCCUGCUCGCCUUACCUUUCCCCUUGACUAUCAUCUUAACCGACCUUUCAUCUUUGUCCUGAGGGACACGGACACAGGAGCCCUUCUCUUCAUAGGCAAAAUUCUAGACCCUAGGGGCACUUAAUGCUCCAUCUUAAUAGUCCAGUGCUUAGGAAACUCUAGAGGAUGACAGAUUUUAUAGUCCAGGAAGGCUGCUUUUAUAGUUUCAGUGUAUCCUUUGCAAUAAAGAGCUUUUCCUUAA